GGUGUCUGAGCGCACCACGGUCCUGUACAGGCCUCCCUGUCCUUCCGCAGUGCCUGGAAGUUCACGCAUAUCCCGCGACGCUCUCGGAGCUGGAUUGACCCUCGGCGCCCGCCGUAGGCUGCUGCCUGUCAGCUGCCGGCGCCUUUGUGGAGCGGCGGAAGCGGAGCGGGGCCCUGCGGACGAGGGCGGGUGGAGCAGGAGGAGGAGGAGGAGGAGGUCCCGCUGCCAGGUGCGCGGGGGUCCCGCGGAGGCCGAGCUGCGCCUGGCGCCGCUGCCCCUCCCGGCUCGGCGCCGCUGCCUGCCGUGUUUCAGCCAUGUCUGACAAAAGUGAACUGAAGGCGGAGUUGGAGCGCAAGAAGCAACGAUUAGCUCAAAUCAGAGAGGAGAAGAAAAGAAAGGAGGAAGAAAGAAAGAAAAAAGAAACUGAUCAGAAGAAAGAAGUUCUUCCUGUACAAGAAGAAUCUGAUCUUGAAAAGAAGAGAAGAGAAGCUGAAGCAUUACUUCAGAGCAUGGGGUUGACACCUGAGUCUCCUGUUGCUGUGCAACCUCUGCGAGUAGUAACAGCGGAUACCUGUCUGUUUCACUAUUUAGUCCCUCCUCCUACCUCUCCGUCUUCCAAAUCUGUGAGUACGCCAAGUGAGGCUGGAAGCCAGGACUCUGGUGAUGGCGCUGUUGGAUCUAGGACGCUGCAUUGGGAUACUGAUCCAUCAGUUCUUCAGCUCCACUCUGAUUCCGAUCUGGGACGUGGACCUGUUAAACUUGGAAUGGCCAAAAUAACACAAGUUGACUUUCCUCCUCGAGAAAUUGUUACAUAUACAAAGGAGACACAAACACCUGUUAUGACUCAGCCAAAGGAAGAUGAGGAAGAUGAAGAUGAUGUGGUUGCACCAAAACCAUUAGCUGAACCUGAGGAAGAAAAAACAUUAAAAAAAGAGGAGGAGGAAGAAGCUGCCCCUCAUGAACUUACGGAAGAGGAAAAACAACAAAUUUUGCAUUCUGAAGAAUUUUUAAGUUUCUUUGACCACUCUACAAGGAUUGUCGAAAGAGCCCUUUCUGAGCAAAUCAACAUUUUCUUUGACUACAGUGGAAGAGACUUAGAAGACAAAGAAGGAGAGAUUCAAGCAGGAGCAAAACUGUCCUUAAAUAGGCAGUUUUUUGAUGAACGUUGGUCAAAGCAUCGUGUUGUCAGUUGUUUGGACUGGUCAUCUCAGUAUCCAGAAUUGCUUGUAGCCUCUUACAACAACAAUGAGGAUGCACCUCAUGAGCCUGAUGGGGUGGCCCUUGUAUGGAAUAUGAAGUAUAAGAAAACUACCCCAGAGUAUGUCUUUCACUGCCAGUCAGCAGUGAUGUCAGCUACAUUUGCAAAAUUUCAUCCCAAUUUGGUGGUUGGUGGCACGUACUCAGGCCAAAUAGUGCUAUGGGAUAAUCGCAGCAAUAAGAGAACCCCAGUGCAGAGAACUCCACUUUCAGCUGCUGCUCACACGCACCCAGUGUACUGUGUAAAUGUUGUUGGGACCCAGAAUGCUCAUAACUUGAUUAGUAUCUCAACUGAUGGGAAAAUAUGCUCUUGGAGUCUGGACAUGCUUUCCCAACCACAGGAUAGCAUGGAGCUGGUUCACAAACAGUCCAAGGCCGUGGCUGUUACCUGCAUGUCCUUCCCUAUCGGAGAUGUCAACAACUUUGUUGUUGGCAGUGAAGAAGGCUCAGUGUACACUGCAUGCCGUCAUGGCAGCAAAGCUGGAAUCAGUGAGAUGUUUGAAGGACACCAGGGACCAAUCACAGGUAUCAACUGCCAUGCAGCAGUUGGACCUGUAGACUUCUCGCAUCUUUUUGUCACCUCUUCUUUUGACUGGACAGUAAAGCUUUGGACAACUAAGAAUAACAAACCUCUCUACUCCUUUGAAGACAACUCAGAUUAUGUUUAUGAUGUGAUGUGGUCUCCAACUCACCCUGCCUUGUUUGCCUGUGUGGAUGGGAUGGGCAGGCUUGACCUGUGGAAUCUCAACAAUGAUACUGAGGUGCCAACUGCAAGCAUUACUGUGGAGGGCAAUCCUGCUCUGAACCGUGUGAGAUGGACGCAUUCUGGGAGAGAGAUUGCUGUAGGUGAUUCAGAGGGACAAAUAGUUAUAUAUGAUGUGGGAGAGCAAGUUGCCGUUCCACGCAGUGAUGAGUGGACUCGAUUUGGUCGAACGCUGGCAGAAAUAAAUGCUAACAGAGCUGAUGCAGAAGAGGAAGCUGCAACCCGCAUACCAGCGUAGAUCAUUAAAAAUAGGCAGCAGUGGUAGACUUGUGAAUGAUUUGAUGCAAAUCUUAAAAAGUGUAAGCAUGUGUCAGUUCAAAUAAUAGCUUAAGGGAGGAAUAUAUGGAUUCAGCUAUGGACUUUGAAAUGUAUUAAGAUCACUGAAAAUCUGAUCUUGCAUUGUCACUUUUUAUAUAUAAAUUACAAGCACAUUCUUGGAUUUGUGUACCUUUUAAUACAGUUAACUUUGACUUUGCAAGGAACUUCUUUUGCUGAAACACUAACCUGAUGUAAAUUUACUAUUGGGCUUCUGAAAUUUCCACUUUGUAACAGUAUCUAUUUCUGAAAAGUAAAAGUUCUGUUUCUAAACUAAACUUUCUAUAUUACACAGACUAACCUUCAUUAGGUAGUAAAUUUCUGAAGCAUUCUUUAAUUUGAACUCUUCAAAUUACCCAUGGAUAUGCAUGCAUGUGUUCCAAGUAAGUUUCAUUGUUUAUAUAUAGAUAAGCCUCAGACUCUGAUAGUGGGUAAUAUAUAUGAAUAAAAAUUUGUCUGUAGUUACAAACUUGAUAAUUGGACCUGAAUUAAUGAAAUACGUAUUUAAUAAUAAUGAGUUCUUUUGUUUGAAUUGGUACAUUAAAAGGAGAGACUGAUUCAUAAAUAAAUAUUAUAUGAGCACUUGUCAGCUGCCCUGACCCCUAAUCUGUGUCCCUUCAGUAGUUUGAAAGUAGAGAGUUCCUGGGAGCUGCUGGUUUCAUUUUACUACACACAUCAAGGAGUUGUUUUCUGCCCCUGACCUCCACUUCCUACUGUAGCAAUCAGGCAAAAGGAAAAAGGUUACUGUUGUCAAAGUUUUCUUUUCCAAAGGAUAAGGAACUAGAUCUUCACUUAAUUUCUGUAGCAUGAUGAUUUGCAUUCUGAUAACUACAGACUUGCUACUGAUUUUCCGUAUUAAGUUAAAGAAAGACGUUUUCA